CGGAGCGAGGCGGCCCUUGCGCGCUCGCCCGCGGAGCCGGAGCAGCCGCCUGGAGCUGGACGAGGCGAGAGCGGCCCGGCGGAGCAUGGAGCGAGCGGGCGCUGCUGCCGCCUCCGCCUCCCUCCUCUUCUCCAGCCUGCGGUAGCCGCCGCCGCCGCCGCCUCUGGCAUGGCCCUGGCCGGCUCCCCGGCGCCGGAGCUGCGCCUGCCGCUGACCCGGAUCUCGGAGGAGGAGAUGGAGCUCUACUACCGCCUCCUGCGAGCCGCCGCCCGGGCCGAGGCUUCAGCCGCCGCCGCCGAAUCUGCACUCCCAAUCCGUGCGAAGGGUAUUAUCGAAGAUCUGAUGAAAGGGUUUGCAUUUCUUUCUGGUGGCCGAGGGAAGGAAAAUGGCUGGAUCAUAACGUUCCCUGAAAAUUCCCAGUUCAAUAAUGUGCCCGAGGAGGUUGUGACAAAAGUUUUAACCUACUUAACUUGGCUCCCAAGUCAAUGUGAACCCGACACCAAAUUUAUCCUCAUCCUGGACAGAAGGUUGGAUACGUGGACGUCAGUCAAAAUGGCUCUCCAGAAAAUAGCGGCCUCAUUCCCUGGCAACCUUCACCUCGUGAUGGUUCUGCGCCCCACCGGAUUUUUCCAGCGCACCUUUACUGACAUUGGAUUUCGAUUCAGUCAGGAGGACUUCCUACUCAAAUUGCCGGUUGUAAUGCUGAGUUCUGUCAGUGACUUAUUGACCUAUAUCGAUGAAAAACAGUUGACGCCCGAAUUUGGGGGCACCUUGGAAUACUGCCAUAGUGAAUGGGUGAUCUUCAGGACUGCUAUAGAAAGUUUUGCCCUGACAGUGAAGGAGAUUGCCCAGAUGUUGCAGUCCUUUGGAAUGGAGCUGGCAGAAACGGAAUUGCCAGAUGACAACUAUUCGAUAGAACGCCUCUUAGCCCUGCGCACAGAGAAGUACUACCAGCUGAAGGAAGAUAUUACGACUGUCACCAAAGAAGGAAAUAUGCUCUUGUGCAGUUUAGAGGAGCCCGGCACGGAUGAACCUGGCGAGGAGGAAACGCAAGAGAGAUCCGGGGACUGGGAAACCGUCAAUCGAUUGCUUGCACAGCUGCAGGAGAUGGAAGCGGCAUUUGAUGGAUUCUGGGAGAAACACCAGCUGAAGAUGGAGCAAUACUUGCAGCUGUGGAAAUUCGAGCAGCAUUUUCAAGAGCUCGAUAAAACCAUUGAAUUUUUAAUGGAGCAGCAAGGGGAACUGCCCGACACUGGAGACAACGUUGCUCAAGUGAAACAGAGGCUCUCGGACCUGGAUAACUUGGACAAAAUGGCCCAGGAAAUCACAGGGAAGGCCCAAGUGGUGAUCCUUCACGGGCACCAGUUGGCUGCGAACCACCAUUACGCCCUCAACUUGAUCUGCCAGCAAUGCAACGAGCUACGGCACCAUUCGGACAUCUUGCUGGAGGAGAUCAAGAAGAAGCACGGGCGGCUCCAGAAAACCUUGAACCUCCUCGUCACCCUGCAGCAGGCCCUGGAGUGCUGUGACGAGGGUGCGUACCUCCUAGCCAACCAGCCGAUGGAUAAAUGCCAAUCUCAGGAAGGUGCCCAAAAAGCUCUUCAAGACAUAGAGAGAUUCCUCAAGAGCUCUUCGCUGCAUUUAAACGCGGACCCCCAAGCCCUGUAUUCUGACUUUGAGCUCGUUUUAACUCCUGAACUGAAGGCCCGAAUACAGACGGUUCAGAUCAAGCUGGAGAAUGUGCGCUGCAUGUUUGAGAACAGGCAGACUUUCUUCAAAAAGCUGGCAGACAAACAGGCUCGCCCGGUGCAGCUUGUAGCCCCUCGGCCCGAAAACCCGCCUCGCUCGAAAUCUCCGUUGUUCUCCCCCAAACACGCGCAGUUGGAAGAUGGGGAACCUUCUCUUCAUAUCUGUUUGCAUUCCUCUGCAUCAGUUUUUCUCCCUACAUCUUUUGCCCAUUGCUUCGUUAAAGGUGUAGAUUUUAAUUCCAGUUUGAAAUUUUCAUUUGAUAUCUCUCUGCCGGGAAAGAAAACUUCAAGAAAACCUCAAAGUUCCCGUAAGAUUGAAGUCAUGCACGAUUACCAGGAGAAACAGAAUUCCUUGCAGUACUACAUUUCAGAAAGUGAAGACAGUUUAGAGAUCCUGAAAAGCCAUGUGAUAAACGAACUAAUAGAAACAGAGCGGGUUUAUGUGGAGGAGCUAUUCACUAUCUUGAUGGGCUACAGGGCAGAAAUGGACAACCCCACGAUGACUCUCCUCCUGCCACCCCUCUUGAGAAACCGGAAGGACGUUCUCUUUGGAAACAUGCCUGAGAUUUAUGAGUUCCACAACAGGAUCUUCCUUCACCAUCUGGAGAGCUGCUUGGAAGCACCAGAGAGAGUAGGAUACUGUUUCUUGGAAAGGCGGGAAGACUUCCAAAUGUAUGAGAAAUACUGCCAGAAUAAGCCACGGUCAGAAUCUCUGUGGAGGCAGUACGCAGAAAGUCUCUUCUUCCAGGAGUGCCAAAGGAAACUCGAACACAAGCUCGGCCUGGAUUCCUACUUGCUCAAACCUGUGCAGCGGUUAACAAAGUACCAGUUGCUUCUCAAGGAACUUCUGAAAUACAGUACAAGUUGCGAAGGCGUUCAGGAGCUGCAAGAGGCCUUGGUUGCGAUGCUGGACUUGCUUAAGUCAGUCAAUGACUCCAUGCAUCAGAUUUCGAUAACUGGCUAUGAUGGAGACAUCAGUGAACUUGGCAAGGUGCUGAUGCAAGGAUCCUUCAGCGUGUGGACGGGGCACCGGAGAGGGCCAACGAAAAUGAAGGAUCUCGCCAGGUUCAAGCCGAUGCAAAGGCACCUCUUCCUGUAUGAGAAAGCCCUUGUGUUCUGCAAGAAGAGGGAGGACCAUGGCGACAGCUACGACAAGACCUCCUCGUAUAGUUUUAAGAACUUUUUGAAAAUGAGCGCUGUUGGAAUCACUGAAAAUGUGAAAGGAGACCAUCGGAAGUUUGAGAUCUGGUACAGCGGGCGGGAAGAGGUGUACGUGGUCCAGGCUCAAACGGUUGACCUGAAGAUGGCGUGGCUAAACGAAAUAAGAAAGGUUUUGUUCAAGCAGCAAGAACUUAUCCAAGUUGAAAAAAAGCCGCCACCUUCAUGUGCAGACCAAAUCCAGCUUUCCCCACCUCUGGAUGAAGGAAAACAGCCGAGAGUGUCGGUCAGCUCGGAAGAGAACGAUUCCGAACGCACCAGCCCGGUGACCCUGGAGAGCUCUACGUCCUCCCCUCAGAACAAACCAACCUGGCCAGCAAUGUCUCAUUCUUUGGAGAUCUGCGAGGGGCUUGAUGAUUGGUCCAGCAACCACUACUUCUCAACGUGUUCCGACACCGAAGAAGAGGACGGGAAUCAGCUGUCUCCGGGAAAAUAUAAGGCCUUAGCAGACUGCAAGAAGAGCGACUCGGAAGACUUGCUUGUGAAAAAUGGGGAUGUUAUUCAGCUUUUGCAUGAAGAUGGAGAGGGACAGUGGCUGGUUAAGAACCUCAACCGAAGAAAAGAAGGCUGGGUGCCCGUCAACAGUCUACAAAUAAUCCUCGGGGACUGUAGGUUUCGGAAUUCUAGAGUUGCAGACGCUGCCCUGUAUAAAACAAGGAAAUUAAGCUCUCCCUGAAUUUAAAGGGAGAACUAAGCCAUGUCAUUUCUGAAUUCUCCAGUGGAGGUUUGAAGUGGUUGCCCAAGAGGGAGAACACAUACAGUUGCUGGAAUUCCCUGUGCUAUCACCCAUCAACAUUUGCCGCCCAUCACAACUUCACCAACAUUGACUGUUAUCAUCAACGGAAGCCAUUCUUUGCUGUUUUUCAUUGGUUUCCCGCCAGUGGAAAAUGGGACGCCAUUUUGUUUUGCUGUACUGGUGGAUUAUCUCCCUCCUCUCCAUGACAUCCAUUGGGUUUUUUUGCGGACUAACUAGCUGGUUUCCUUGGCUUGGUUAAGAAGCCCAAUACUUACGUUUCCAGACAGAAAAGCUUUAUCUUAUUUUGCAACUGCACAUUAAUGUGGUUGGUUGCUCUUGACUAGACCAAAUACUAGUCAUAAUAAGCAAUGCUUUUUGAUUGGGCUGGAUGUUCUGGAAUGGGUGUGAAUACAUUCCGAUAACUUUGGCAUUAAGACCAUCUUUUGAGCUAGAUUAUUCAUGAUGAUGCAAUAAUGUUGAGGGGGAGAAGGGUCUCCUUUUGCACUAAGGGUCUGAUCCAGAGCCCAUGGGGUGUGGUUCAAGACCUUGUUGACUGGCCACUCAGGUUUGUCAGAAGUCACUUUGGGUUCCCCAGGGGUUCCAGGUUAUCUAGCGAAGUGUCCAGGUUUACACAGCAGUUUUUUGGAACACACACACGUGCCAUAACUGAGUUCAGUGUCCACAUUUGCACUAUGAAAAGUUGCCUUUGUUAAGACUAUGUUUCAGCAUCUUGAUAGAAAAUAAUGUGGAGGAGAGGUAAUAGGGCCUUCUCUCUCCCUCUCCCUCUCCCUCUCCCUCCUUUUUAAUGAUGUUUACAUAAUUUAUUUUCUGUUUUGCUUCUCCCCUGCCCACCCUGUGUGUAUAUUUGUAUGUACGGGUGGUUCAAGGUAUACAGAUAAAUGUGUACAAAUCUAAUUCCCCUUGGUGAUGAAAACAAAACAGGGUAGGUGUUCUGAUCGGGACACGCACAACGAUCCCUCACAUAAGUUGCAUGUGUGCAUAUGGAACAGAUACAGUGACUCUUUACCCUCAUUGCCUUGCACAGACUACAGGGGAGAGAACAGGAUAUUCAUCAAAAUCCACGUUCGUUUGUGAACCAUGGAUCCCUGGUUUUGCCAUAAAGCUGCUUGUAGGAUGCAUCCAUUUAUUUCGGGGAUAGGUAACGUGCUGCUAUCUGAGCCUGUGGUGUGUUUCACAUUCACUUUGAGCGGUAAUGGUUUAGUCUGCUUCUCUAAUAUGUCAGUUCAGCACAGCUUGUUAGACUUCAUAUGCCACCCAACAUGAAAAUGGUACUGCAGAUCCAUUAUAACUUUAAUGGAGAGUCCUAGGAAGUUUCAAUCCCCUGCAAGCAUUCUUAAUGGACCAUUGCAACAGAUAUCUGUGUAUAUAUUGAAUUCUAUUUUUAAAAAGCAACACUUGCUUUGAAGCUUGAAAAGGAGAUGAGGUUGUUAGGACAGGAGGGCCAGCCCUGCUGUGUAGGUUACAAAUGUCUGACUCCACACCUGUUUCAUCCCAGCAACCACAGCACACGGCACAACCUGGUCUUCUAUUCUUUCUUGUCUUCCUAGAUCUGAAACUUAAAUGCUCUCAUUCAUGAAACUGGCUAAUUCUUCAAAUCUGAAUGUACAGUCUUAGCCUUUUAAAACUUUUGCACAAAUCCUUGGUGGCAUCUUAAAGUAGACAGGUUUACCACUCAAGCUACAAAAUGCAUAUGGCACUCCCAGACGACACGAGGGGUGGGGAAGUGGGGUCCCCACCCCAUCCCUGGCCUAGACAGUAAAAUUAUAAUUACUGUAAAUGAUGUUGUACAAAUGUGUUAAAUCUAUAUUUAAGAAGAAUUGUAAACCUUGUUAAAUAAAGAAAUGUAUAUGAGAACUUUU